CCAGCCAUAUCAGAAGUCAGCUGCAUGGUGCCUAUACCUAUUGCCACGACGGUGCAAAGCCCAAACCGUAGGUGCUCGAAUUCACAAGAGACUUGGGCUUUGUAACGACAAAGCAAGUCUGUGCAUCCGUAAUGCUGAGAUGUGAGGGCAUGACGGACACAUGCAUCCAGCGCCCAGGCAAUGCCUGAUGGCCAACCGGAGACCGGCUGAACUUGAGAUCCAGCAGCUCCUCCAAGCAAGUGAAACCAAGUUGCUGGACCCACUGGCCGAGGGGGGAGAGCUCGGGUCGGGUGCGUGUCUCUGCUGGUGCCGAGCUCUCCCAAUUAUUCAUUUCCAAAACAUGGACGAAGCCGGCAGUCGAGACGAUGAUCUGGUAACGUUGAGAGGCUGCAUGGCCGAUCCGCCCUCCAAGACGGCUCCAGAUGUCCAGGUUCAGCGGAGCCAGCACUUCCACCUGGGAAUCCCUGCCUGCUUUGGCAGGUAAGUUGAGGCACCGGGUAAUAAAGCAUUUUGAAAGGCAGGCCGACGGUUUGCUUG